AUGGCCGAGAUAAGUUUUGAAGAGUUCAUCACCGAGAUCAGAACAACUAUUUGCCUUUUCUUUUUCGAACUCACAGAGGAGCAUAAAGUGGCCCAUACAACCGCCGAAAAAAUAUUCAGCAAUUUUCAGUCUGUCAUUGACGCGGUUCUGCGGAGAUUUACAGAGCAAGUGAGAAAAUACGUUCCCAGCGAUGUCAGUCAUGCCAGUGGUGAACUGUCCAGUUUACUGGAUUGCAGCUUUGUGAAACAUUUAUUUGCUGCAGUGAAAACAAGCUAUCAAAGGGAGCAAUUUGCAAAAAGUGUUUUUCCCUACGUUGCACCUCAGCAGUGUGCCCUAGGAGAAAAUGGCAGGGCAUCCUUUCAAUACGUGCCCAUCCAAAAGGUCUUGGGCAAACUCGUGGAAGCGCAAAAUCUGACGGACUGCAUUUUGAAGCGUUCACAAGAUGCCCACAGCAUCCUGAGUACCCUUCGUGAUUUUUGGGAUGGUUCAUGCUACAGAGGUCAUGUUAACUCUGUUAUCCCAAUGGCAUUUGCGGGUACUAUCUACAUUCUGUUGUACACUGAUGAACUUGAGAUUGUGAAUCCACUUGGAUCAAAAAGAGGAGUGCAUAAGCUGUAUGUCGUCUACUUCAGCGUGCUCAAUAUCCAUCCUCAGUUCCGAUCCAAAAUAAAGCAUUUGCAUCUUGUGAUUAUUGCGAAGUAUGCAGACGUACAACGUUACGGACAGCACGAUGUACUGAAGCCGCUGCUGACGGACCUUUUGACGCUGCAACACGAGGGACUUAGCAUUACAAGAAAUGGUGCUGUGUUGACUGUUAAUGUAAUCGUUAAUGCCUUCAUUGGAGACAAUCUCUCCAUGAACAAGUUAGGCGGUUUUACUACAUCGUUCUCCAGUGGAAGAGUGUGCAGAUUUUGUAUGGCACAAGCAGGAGACCUCACAGCCUUGACCAGGGAAGAAUUGUGCGUACUUCGAACCAAGGCAGCUCACCAAAAACAUCUUGGUGCAAUUGCAUCUAAUCCGGAAAUGAAGAAACUAUAUGGUGUCACUGAGCCAUCUCCGUUGUUGGCACUGAACUACUUUGACGUUACAGCACAGUUGCCACCUGACCUAAUGCAUGACAUUUUUGAAGGGUCUUUAGCAUACGUCAUACACCAUGUACUGCAGGGGCUGGUUGCGGAUUGUGUUCUUCGUCCCUCGGACAUAGAAAAGGUUGUUCACUUUCGUUAUGGUGUCAACGACAAGAAGAAUAGGCCAGAAGCUAUCAGUGAGACAUUUCUGCGUGAUUACCAUGCCCUGCGAGGCACUGCGUCACAAAAAUGGUGUCUGUUUCGCUUACUACCUCUCAUCAUAGGUUCCAGCAUUCCUGAAGGAAAUGACCAUUGGUGCAUCUACCUAGCAUUUCGUGAAGUUGUAGAUCUACUCCUUGCUGAGGAAGUGCCAAUAGAGUGUGUACCUUACCUGGAGGUCUGA